AUACACCCACAUCCUAUAGGAAGAAGAUGCAAAACAAGUUCUACAAAGUCAACUUGGAUUCCAAAUCUUCCAUAGAUCCAUCCACAACAUAUUUGAAAAGAAGAAGAAGAAGAUGCCUUGCAUUUACAUCACCACCAAUCUUAACUUAGAUGGAGUUGAUACUGAUCCCAUCUUUUCUGAAGUCACCACUGCCAUCUCAACAAUCAUCGGAAGACCCGAAAAGUUUGUGAUGGUCCUAUUGAAGUCAUCAGUGCCAAUAUCAUUUGAAGGAAACAAAGAUCCAGCAGCUUAUGCUGAAAUAAUAUCAAUGGGUGGCAUAAAUAAAGAAGUGAAGAGUAAACUCAUUGCUACCAUUGGCACCAUAUUACAGUCAAAACUCUCUAUUCCAAGAACACGUUUUUUCGUUAAAGUUUUUGAUACCACUGCAUUUCCUACCCCAUCUAAAUUGUAAUGCUUUCAUAUUUCUACAACAAUAAUCAUCAUCACAAUUUGUUUUUAUGAUGUGUAUUGUUAUAUACUCCAUGAAAAAUUAAUAUUAUGUUAUCUAUUCUCGUGCUUAAUGUUUUUCUUUAUCAGAUAAAUAUUGA